AUGAACAACCAAACACCUUCAAAGGCAACUCCAGCGCAGCUUGCAGCGAGAAAGAUUCGCGAGGCCAAAAGCAGCAUGGCACGACGACGUACUCCUGGACUGAGCCCUGUCCCUACUGGACCAUCAUUCUCAAACACCCAGCCGACGCCUUCCUCGACCAAUACACAGCCGACUGCAUCUUUCUUCCCCGUGAACCCUGCGACAUCUGCAUUUGGUGGAAAUGGUGUCAAUGGUGCACAAACAACAAAACCACCACAACAACAACCUUUCGCUGCUCCUUCGUCGAGUACCUUCAAUUUCACUGCGCCGACUGGAACGAAUCCUUUUGCAGCUUCGCAACCUUUUAACCCAUUCUCCAAUCAGAAUUCUUCUAUUGAAUUCGGACAGCAAGCCCCUGGUGGUGUACAGCGGAGUUCGAUCUUCAGCCAACCUUCGGCCCCUCAACAACCCUCGAACCCGUUUGGCGUAACCAGCAACUUCAGCUUUGGCCAAUCUACUGGUGUGAAUAAUUCUUUCCCUCCAACUCAGAACACUUCGAUCUUCUCGAAAUCAACGCCUGCAGCCAGCUCUUUUACAUUCGGGUCAACUCCAAGCUUGUCUCAGGCUCCACCUUUCGGCGCCGCACCACAGACCUCUGCGGCGGAUCAUGAUGUGUCAAUGGAUUCUUCUGAAUCGCCCUUCAAGAGUCCAAGGAAACCAACCAUGGCAGAUCAAACAGCAGAGGCGAAGCCUGCUCCUCCCGUGUUUGGCGGCUCCAACCCGUUCUCGUUCACGCCAGCGAACAAUGGUUCAGUGGAAGAGACAGAUUCGAAACCUUCUAUUAAUCUUGGCAAUAGUAUGUUUAGACCUAAAAACACAGCAGCACAGCAACCACCACAGACUUCAGCUUCAAUAUCCUCUCAGUCUUCCCAAUCAGCUGAGCAGACGUCUCCAGACAAGACUACGCAGCCGUCGGCACCUAUCUUCAACUUCUUUCCCAAAUCCAUCGAGUCUGAAAAAGAAGCGACUGAAAAGCAGAUUGCGUCAGCCUCGACAAACACCCUUAACCCUUUUGCACCGCCGAGAUCGGGCGACACAGAGAAGCCGCAGGAGACCAAGGUUGAAACACCAUUUUCCUUCGGAGCGUCUUCCGAAUCCUCUCAAAAACAGAAUCACGAACAGCCCUCGGGGCAGAAAGCCCAAGGAGCCGCUCCAUUCAAUCCGUUCCAGUCUCUACAAUCCAGCAAUAGUGCGAGCGUUCCUAGUCAGCCCCAAGAACGAACAUCUAGCCCGGCACCUAUUCAAUCUUCUCAGCCAAGUGGCUCGACUUCUUUGAAUCCCUUUCAGCCCCCGAAGGUCGAUGACUCACCUCAGACUCAAUCGCCAGACUCCCUCAACGUCCUGCAGCCUUCGAAGUUAGCCAGCGCAGCGACGUCUCAGAACGCAUCUCAAUCCAGCGUCUUUCAAACAGCAAAGCCGUCAGAAGCCGGAAAAUCUGCAGAUGGGUCAAGCCAAUCUUCUGGCCGUACCGGCAGUCUCUUCCGGACACUUCAGCCAGGUGCAGAGGGGUUCUCGAAAGCAGCUCCUCCUCCGCUAAAAUCUGCACUAAAGAAGCCUUCCUACACCCAAUCAAAGGUCACCGUGACUCCACAGCUAGCAGAAGCAAAUGCAUCCCCACCAAAGGAGGACACCUCUGCAUCUGCCUCGACUCCCCUGUUUGAGCCCCCUCAGUUAGCCAAGAGUCCAGAAACACAGGGGAAUGCGAACAACACCCGCCCAAGUAUUGGUGCUUCUGCCAAUGUUCCGGAGCAGCCAGACGAAGCAAACGCCAAAGGUGCUAGGCAAGCAUCGGAGACUUCUAACCUUUUCGCUCAAAGCUUGAGACAAGCAUCACAAAAGGCAUCACAGGACGCUGGGAUUAUGACUCCUCCUGCAUCUCAAGCUGGGAGAAGUUCAGCUUCACCGACCAAGCCGGCAGCAGCUCCGCAAAAGGUUGAUAAUCAAUUGCCUACCGCGGCUGCGUCGCCAUCGACGUCAGCUUCGGACCCUAUCGUGGUCAAAAUCAAAUCUCACGGUGCCUCGGCUGUACCUCACGAGCUAAACAAUGACGAAUUUGCUGAUUUCGACAAGUCCUAUCGGCUUCACUCACUGAAUUCUCAAUUCAAGAAGAGGAUCGCGGAACUGGACCCGGAAAAGCAUGAUUUCGAGCCGAUAAUUCGAUUCUAUGCUACCCAGCGUGAUGCCAUUGGUCAUCCUAUAGGUGGCUUGUAUCAUCGUGUAAAGGCUGGCGAGAAGCGUAAGACAGAACAGGCUGACCGUGAUGAACUCGUGACGAAUCCUGCGAAGAGGACCAAAAUCGACAACACAGCUGCCACCUUCGAUCAGCAAGCGUAUCCUCCAGUCUUAGGCUUCAGUGCCAUUACCAGUGUGUCCACAGCACCGCAGCCGGCGACGGAAGCUUCACCUGAGAUGGAAAUAGAACGUUCAGUGUUCAUGCCUAAUUCAAUCUCCAACGGUUCUAUCACUGCUCACCAGGCAGCCACUUCAUCAAACACCUCCAAUGUCUUCAAAAGCAUGCUUUCAUUCUCAAAUCAGGGUUCAUCUGGAAAUUCUUCGCCUCCGCGCGCUUCGCCUGUGUCGGCAUCGAAGCCAGCGGAGCAGCCAACCCAGCUGUUUGGUUCUUCUAGCUUUACUCCGCUGAACAAGACGACGUCUGCGUUACAAAACGACAUUCAGAGCAACAGCAAUGGCACCAGUUUCGGGUCCAGUAGCUGUCCACAAAAGACUUCACAGCUUUUUCAGCCAAAGGCUGCAGCCGGUUCAAUUUUAGAGCCGCCAAAAUUUACUAGUGCUGGUGGUACCGAUUUCAUGUCUGCAUUCUCCGCACAGGCGAAGAAGAACGCCGCCAAAAUGGAAGCUGAAAACAAGGCGAAACGCAAGGCCGAAGAUUUCGACUCUGAUGAGGACGAUGAGGCCGAAUAUGAGCGAAAAGUAGCCGAAGAAGACCGGGUCAAGCGAGCCAGAAUUGAGUCUAUCGCCAAAGCAGCAUCUGGCUUUACACCUGUGCUAUCAGCUGCAAGCUCAACCAAUGGUGCGGGUCCUGUAGCGGAGCAAGCCGAAGAGAGCAUUAGGCAUGACGAAGCCAAUGAAAGCGAUCAAUCUCAGGGUGACGAGGGCUCGGGCUCAGAAGCCAGCCAUGAUUAUGGGGCCGGCGACGACGACCUGGAAGAGGAUGAAAAUGAAGACGAGGACAUAGAAGACAGUCAAGAAGAUCAUGGAGAAGGUGAUGAGACGGACGAGGAUGAUGACAUCCAGACGGCAAUGACAAAAUCGCAUGCGAAGGCAAAGAACCCCUUCUCACCCUCAUCUGAUCCCAAAUCUUUAUUCAACCGGAUUACAAAACCUGCAGCUCCCUCAGAAGAUAAAGGGACUGAUGGAGCAUCUACGCCUGUGCAAGCAAACAGUAGCUCAACAUUCUCCGCGCCUCCUGGUACUGGACUUUUUGGAUCCAGACCAACCACGCCAAGUCUGGACUCUCCUAAACCAUUUGGGAGCAGUAUCUUCAGCAAUUCUGUCUCUACUAGUACCCCAACUGCUGAUAACACGUGGAAACCAGGAUCAGCGAUCAAGUUUGGUGCCCCUACAUCCGCACCUGCUGUUAACAUCACGCCAGCCACGCCGCUCGCCAAGACGAAUGGAUAUUCCACGCAGGGUCCGCUCAGCACCUUCUCUGCUGAAGGGUCGGCCUCAACGGCCUCCAAGGCCGGCGCCGACAACAUAAACAACAACAACAACAACAGGUCUCCAAAGACAACGACGAGCGUAUUCGGAGCGCCUUCAUUUCCGGUGCAAUCCGCUGGAUCAGCGGCAGGUUCACCUAAACCCUUCAGCAACUUGUUUGGGGACGCCUCUAAAAAGACGACAGUGAAUCAAUCUAGUGCGGCCAGUGUUGGCUUCACAUUUGGAGGUCCCAGCAAGCUCGGCCCGUCUCCUUUCCUUGCACCAAGCAAUCCCAGCUCCGCCAUCACCUCUCGUGCCACCUCACCUGGCCUCACCGACAAUGACUCUGCAGCUGAAUCUGUCUGUCUCAUGACCUUACGCCCUGGAGAGGAGAACGAAGAUAUCCUCUUCGAGGUGCGCACCAAAGCGCUAGAACCCAUGACCGAGAAAGAGCUUACCGCCAUUGGUAGUAAGGAUGAAGCUGGUUGGAAGACUCGUGGUCUUGGACCUCUUCGCGUUUUGAAGCAUUCGGAAACCGGUCGCGCACGCAUCGUCAUGCGAGCUGAGCCUGGUGCAAAUGUGGUCAUCAACUCGCAGCUCAUCCACGACAACAAGUAUGACCUCAAUCCUUCUGGCAAGGAGAGCGCAUCACUGAAGAUGGGUGUCUUCAUGGACGGAAAAUAUAAGAGCUGGGUCUUUAAGAUCAAGACCAUGAAGAUUGCACAGGAGUUGGUGGAUUGCUUGAAGGAGAAUGAGCCUGCAGCCAGAGACGCUGAGUCGGACUGA